AUCUUAGAUGAUGAUAAGUUUGCUAUGACACCAGAAUUACGAGAUCUUACACAAGACCGUCAGUUUUGGGCAAAUGCUGAUGUUCUAGCGAAAGUUUUAUCUCCUGCUAAAAAUGCAGUUAAAAUAGUUGAAUCUAAAACUACUACAACUGCUAAUAUCUUUUUAUUUCUUGUUCAAAUGGCAGUGGCUAUUAAUGCACUUAAAAAAAAUGAUUUAUUAGAACGUAUAGAAUUUCGUAUGAAAGAUUCAAUAUUUUAUCAAAAUUUGCAUACGGCUCUUGAAAUUUGGAAAAAAAUUGGUGGCGGAUUAGCAAGUGCAAAUUUACUUGUAGCACAAAUCAAAAUGUAUGAUAUAUUUGAACCACCAUAUAAUUAUUCUUUUGUGGAAGGAGUUGAAACUCCACAAACCUGGUGGAAUGGGUGUAAACUUUCAAAUCAUCCGUUGCAAAAACUUGCAUUACAUUUAUUAGCAAUUACUCCACACAGCGCAAGCUAUGAAGAGCUUGAUGCUGAUUAUAUUUCUGAUACUGAGAACUUAGAUGAUCUUUUACAAUUCGAUAGUGAAAAUUUGGAGAUUGAAGAAAUAACUUGA